AUGGCAUCCGCAGUCCUAGCCAAUCGUAACGAACCGAAUUGGCCGCAGCAUAGAGGCGGUGGAGCAGGAUACAUGGGUAAAGUUUCUUACGCUAACCCUAACCCUAAAUUUGGUAACAAUAAGAGGACUCAAUCGCCGUCUGAUGAUGCUUCAUCAAUCAACCGGCGAUCCAAUGACGUGGUGGCCAAUCAUUCACAAUACCUUACCUUCAACAUCGCUUCGUACACCAAGACGGAGCUCAACGAGCUUAAAAACCGUCUUGUGUCGGAGCUUGAACAAAUUCGACAGCUCAAGAUUCGAAUUGAAUCAGGCGAUUUUAGACCCAGACCUAGCCACAACGGUGGUGGCCCCCCAAAGAAAUCAAGUAGCAAGAAGGUCUCCGGCAACAAACGGCCUUUUCCGGCGAGGGAAUUGAAGAGAUCACAGCCGGAGGUUGGGGAUCUGAUGAAGGCUUGUGGUCAGAUUUUGAUGAAGCUGCGGAAAAAUAAAAGUAGUUGGAUCUUUAACAAUCCUGUUGAUGUAACUGCUUUUGGAAUUCACGAUUAUUUCGAAAUAAUUAAGCAUCCUAUGGAUCUGGGAACGGUAAAGACUAAACUAGCUCAGAAUGCUUACUCUUUGCCAGAGGAUUUUGCUUACGAUGUGCGGCUAACCUUCAACAAUGCAUUGACCUACAAUCCCAAGGGUCAUGAUGUCAACACUGCGGCGAUGCAGUUACUUAUGAAGUUUGAAGAGCUUUAUCGUCCAAUACAUGAGAAAUUUGAAGAACGUGGUUUUGAUGAUGAAUUACAGGCCAGCUCAUGGAACUAUGUUGAGCCAGAGAGGGAGAAGGUCAAGAAGAAAGAUGCUCUGAUUCCAAUCCCUCCGCCUGUAGUUAACCGGCAAGAGCCACCACCUGAGCUUGCCAGUACUUCUAAUCAGCCAAGCACUUCCAACCCACCAAUAGUGCAGUCUCCAGUGCGCACGCCUUCUCCAAUGCGUGCACUUCCGGUGAAGCCAUUGAAGCAGCCCAAGCCAAAGGCAAGGGAUCCGAACAAAAGGGAGAUGAAUAAUGAGGAAAAACACAAGUUGGGGCUUGGGUUGCAGAUUUUACCGCCAGAGAAAAUGGAACAGGUGGUGCAGAUCAUAAGGAAGAGAAAUGGUCAUUUGGAGCAGGAUGGAGAUGAGAUUGAGCUAGAUAUGGAGGCUGUUGACACGGAGACUCUCUGGGAACUUGAUCGAUUAGUGACAAAUUGGAAAAAGAUGGUGAGCAAGAUUAAGCGGCAGGCGCUAAUGGAUAAUAAUAAUGUGCCUUCAAACAGAGGCAAUGGGGAGUUGUCUGACAGGGAGAAAGUUGAUGCAGCAGUGCCAGCUGAGGGGAAAAAGCAGAAAAAGAUAGAGACAGUUGAUGAAGAUGUUGACAUUGGCGAUGAUAUGCCGGUUAACAAUUUCCCCCCUGUGGAGAUUGAGAAAGAUAGAGAUAUGGGUGGUGCUGGUGGCCAUGCCAGCAGUAGUUCCAGCAGUUCUGGUAGUGAUUCAUCAUCAUCCAGUGAUUCAGAUUCUGGAAGUUCUUCUGGAAGUGAUUCUGAAGCAGACAAUGGUCACUUGUAG